GAAUAAUAUCACUGGAUUAACAUACUUGAUCGUAAAAUUUUCUUUUUUAUCCUCUUUUUACUUUCGUUUUUCUUUCGCUUUGCACCCACUCUGUCUUCUCACCUCCCCAACUCUUUCUGUACUUUGCAACGCCAGCAGUGCCCUUUCUGCUUCUUCAACCUCUUCUUUUUUAAACUCUUUUUUUGCUCAUUCCAACCCUUGACCAUCAUUUCUUUUAGUCAGCAUUCCAAGCAAGACAACUAGCAUAAAAACAAUGGCAGUCCGCGCGCAGUUCGAGAACAACAACGAAAUUGGAGUAUUUUCCAAACUCACAAACUCCUACUGCCUGGUGGCUAUCGGCGGAUCGGAGAACUUUUACAGCGUGUUUGAGAGCGAGCUGAACGAUGUCAUCCCAGUUGUCCACACAUCCAUCGCUGGAACCCGCAUUAUUGGCCGUCUGACUGCCGGAAACCGCCGCGGUCUCCUGGUGCCCAACUCAACAACAGAUCAAGAGCUGCAGCACCUGAGAAACUCGCUGCCCGAAAGCGUGGCCAUCCAGCGCAUUGAGGAGCGCCUGAGCGCCCUAGGCAACGUCAUUGCUUGCAACGACUACGUUGCCCUGGUUCACCCUGACCUUGACCGCGAGACCGAGGAGAUCAUUGCUGACGUGCUCGGCGUCGAAGUUUUCCGCCAGACAAUUGCUGACAACGUUCUCGUUGGCUCCUACUGCUCCAUCUCCAACCAGGGCGGUCUGGUUCACCCGCGGACAAGCCUGCAGGAUCAGGACGAGCUGUCCAGCUUGCUGCAGGUGCCUCUUGUCGCCGGUACCGUCAACCGUGGUUCGGACGUCAUUGGCUCGGCCUUGUUGUCAACGAUUGGACUGCCUUUGCUGGCAUGGACACCACCUCCACUGAGCUCAGCGUUGUCGAGAGCAUCUUCAAGCUCCAGGACUCGCAGCCUUCCGCCAUUGUCAAUGAGAUGCGUGAUUCGCUCAUUGACAACUACAGCUAAAAAAAGGCAACUCACUUCUACAUCAUUCAAAAGAUAUAAUAAACGUACAUUAUCCACUUGUCA